GGUAUUUUCUUAAGCAAACAUUUUGAAAGAUUGUGCGAAAUAACAAUGUUCAAAUUGUUGCCACUUCUACUCGCUUGCAUUGUGUGCAGUGUAGCCUCACCAGCGCCGGACGGUCUUUACAACAUAAUCAGCAGCAGCAGCAGCAGCAGCAGCAACUCGCUUAUUAAGCCUUAUCGGAAAAUAUCCUUGACGGCUAAGGCUCAAACACCACAGCAGCUACUAUCGAACGCCGUCACAUCGGGGGAGGAGGAAGAUAGCAACGACGUUGCGAGUAACGCCGACGACCAGGAGUCAGGUGCGCCAGCAUCAGUAACAGCCGUAGCCACCGCUGCACCGGCGACGGGUUCUGCAUCCUCACCCCUAACUCGCAUUACGGCUAUCGCCUCUGUGGGACCAGCUGUGGCAUCCGCCUCAGCAUCGCGCUCGGCAUUACGUGUCUCUUCUUCGUUUAAAUUGCCAUCCAGCAGCAGCUCCAGCGCAACCAUACAACAUCACAUCUUACCCGCCGAGACUAUACCGCUACCCAUUACCAUCUCAACACGGCCAGGCUUGCGUACUGUCAUCGCUCCGGAGACCAUUACUAUUCGCGAGUCGACCCUUGCUAAGGUGGGUGAAGUGGUGCAGAAAAUACCGACAGCCGUGUCGCAUCAGAGUCAGACGGUGGUGCAUAAGCAUGCGCGUGUGGUCACGCCCAUUGUGGCACCCGCAGUGCGUACAAUCACGUCGCAAGUGUUGCGCGCCUAUCACACCCCGCUCAUCCUUGCACCACAAACAUCCGUUGUGCGUGCGGACAACGUCAACGUCAACAGCAACAGCAACGCCAAAUCCAGUGCAAGUGCAAGUGCAAGCGCAAGUGCAAGCAUCGUCUCGAGUGCAAACAAUGCCUAGAGCUGUGCCAACAAAAAAUACAAACUCUGAGGCAAGAGAUGCUCUAAUUGCUGAUCUAGCUAUUAUUUACUUUAGAAUCUUUUGAAACUGCUAACUGUGUUCCAGGCUGAUACUUUACAAAUAAGAAAUUUAUUUAAAUAUUUAAAAUCGAAAUUAAGGUAAUUGUAUUGUGGUUUGUAAUUUUUUGUUAUUUCGCUUGUGAUUUUUAGACUUUGGAUGCAACUUUUUUGGAAUAAAAAAUUAAA